AUGGAUGUACUCAUGCGGUGGUUAAGAACUUACGGGAACUGCAAGCGCUGGCACGAUGACGAUACGACGAAAGCUCUGUGCGAAGGGUCAGCUUCGGGCUCAAGGCAUCGAGACUCACACAUCCACCGCCAUUUACCGAAAGUCGCUCACAUGAAAGUCCGCAGCGACGCUAUCACCGAGUGGCUCAUAGCGAGUCAACAAUAUGAGUCAUACCAGCGUGGUGACGUCGACAAGAGCCUGCACGAUGAGGUGGAGGGACGCUGCCCGAAUUAUGGGGAUCUCUCACACUUCUUUCAUGUCGACGAAUUGCAGUUGGGAGCGAGCGGAUGCAUUCUAGAGCUCAAGGACGUCGAGCCCCAACUACACGAAGUAACGUUGUGGUGCUGA